AUGCGUGCACCACUGCUGCUCCUUCUCUGGUCGGCUAAUUUUGCAUUUGCCAAAUGGCAUAAACCAUUGCCAGGGCACCGCUCCCUUGCUGGGCAUGAUAGCUUGGCUGCGCGCCAGAUCGUGGACGGGGGCGCCAACUUAACGCAGGCUGUUUUGAUCCCUCCCAAGGCCAGCAAUGCUGUGCGGACGGAUCGUACUGUGUUGGAUCCAGUAGCUCUUGUUGUGGCUCGAGUUCGCAUUCGUGUUAUCAUUCGUGUGUCUGACAUCCGCCCUCACCAUCAGGGUGCCGGAACGACAGGUACAGACGGCGUUGUCCCCCAAACCGCCUAUUCCGCAUUCUAUUCGGCAACAACCCAAUGGCCUUGUUUUCCCACCGACACCAAUGAAGACUGCUGUCACCGCGGGGGUACUCAAUGGUGCAGUGGCGACUAUCCGAGCCAGGUCUGCUACGACCCUUCGUCCGUGGUCUGCUGCAGCAACGGCGAAGUCUGCACGGGCAAUGGCUGCUGUAGCAGCUUGGGUGCUGUCGCCACCACGCCGAACCCGACCCUUGCAACGAGAACUGGAACACCCACCCCGACUGGGACGUCGGGCUCUUCCACGUCGUACUCUACCACAGGAACGCCGACAUCAGUGUCAUCAGCUCCUGCAGCUACAACUACCGCCACCAAAUCAUCUAAUGGUGGAAAGGACCUGGCGGAUGUGAAGGGAGCCGUCGGGGUGUUAGGAGCGUUCCUAGUAGGAUUGAUCUUUCUGUAA